GGAAAGUAAUUAAUUCCAGUUUUUUAUAACAUCUGUUUCACAGUAAAAGUAAACAAAGAAUAUUUGAAUGUCUCAUAGCAGUGAUGUAGCAAUACAAAGUACAUGUGAUGAUGCAUCGAUGUGCAAACGAUACGCCGUCAGUCGAGGUUAUUGGAAAGAUGAAUAUAUCAAUUUCAUGGUUCAUAGAUCAACAUCACGCAAACAGCCAGAGAUAAGUAGAGGCUACUAUGCAAGAACUGAAGCCAUUUGGAAGUUGCUUGUACAGUUUGUGUCGGUAACUGAGCGUCGGUGUCAGAUAGUAAGUCUUGGUGCAGGGCUUGACACAACUUACUGGAGAUUGCAUGCAGCAGGCCUGACUCCUUAUGGAUAUUUUGAAGUCGAUUUUAUUGAUGUUGUUGCAAGAAAAAUGCGAUGCAUUGGGAGAAACCCCGCUCUUCGUUCGUGCUUGCCAAACAUUGAAACCCAACGUGAUGAAAGUUACUUACACUGCGGUCCUUAUCGUUUGUUGAGCUGUGAUAUCAGAGAUACAUUGAAACUGGAAGAACAACUUGUGAAUGCUGAAAUUGACCUCAGUUACCCAACCCUGUUUCUCACUGAAUGUGUUUUAAUAUACAUGGCCCCAGACAAGUCAAACAAAAUAAUUAAAUGGGCUUCGGACAAAUUUAAAGAUUGUGUUUUCAUCAACUAUGAACAAGUAAACAUGAAUGAUGCUUUCGCUCAAGUCAUGAUCAGUAACUUAAAAUUGCGACAAUGUUGGCUAGAUGGGGCUGGUGCUUGUGAGAAUAAACAAGUUCAGUUGGAAAGAUUUGUUCAUAAUGGUUGGCCAAAAGUUGUUUGCGACGACAUGUGGACGAUAUAUAACAGAUUACCCGAGCGCCAGAGAAUCGAGAGAUUGGAAAUGCUGGAUGAAAGUGAAUUACUGCAACAACUGCUACAACACUACUGCCUAGUUAUUGCUGUGAAAGACACAUCUGAUAUUGGUUUAGAAAUACUGAUAUGAAGUUGUUUGAAUGUUACACGCACUGUGAUUCUAUUAAUAAGUUGAUGUGUGAUAACAUUACGUUGUUUUGAUUCUUUUUUAUCAUGUUUCAAAUUUUCUUUCUGCACAUUUAUUGUUUUAGGUGUAGAAUUUUCUGCCAAAUAUAUUUGAUUUUUCAAAGUUCCUUUUUGCUUUACACCUAUCCUGUGUAGCGAUCUGCGUUACUUGUUUUUCAUACUUGAUGUUUAUGUCAGUGGACAGAGUUAACAUGUUAGUGGACAGACUUCACGGUGAUUCUUAAUAACAAGAGGGUAAAGCUCUAAUGACCGGGCACGCAUCAUUAUAAAAAUAGUGGUGGGAAGUUUUGUAAACGAAACUGGCAACAAUCUAUUGUCUAGUCUUCGAUGCUCGCCACGUGAAACAUAUAUUUUGUAUUUAUCUUGCUUUAAUAAUAGAUAAGAAAAGAUUAGUAACUUGCUAAAUUUCCAACUCUAAAUUUCCACUGUAAUGUAAACAGCCAAAUUAUCGAUUACUUACUGCAAAGAGAUUUGAACCAAUCUCUUUGCUUACUGACUGGUUUAUAAUAAGUGAAAGUUUACUUGGCUGGUAAUGGUCAUUUUGUACACUCUGUUUUAAAAGAUGCUUAUAGUUUAAAAUCGAUAAGAAAUAAAAAACAAGAGGGUAAAGGU